CGUCCUGGGGGCCCCGAAGGAGGCGCGCGUGCUCACCGGGGAACGGUGCACGAACGCACCGCGCUGGGAACCAUAAUAAUUAAUGUUUGGAGUAGUGGCUGGUUGGCUGGUCGCUCGGCAAGGUGUCGGAAUUGCCGCCUUUCAAUUUCCAAGAAGCACGGGUUUAUAUUCCUCACACGAUUAUGGCAGUCUAGCAUUUUCCUCGGCGCUGCGCUCGCGAGUUUCAUUUCCGCCGAACAGCCGCCCCGAGGGACGCAGUUUUCGUCCCUCCGAACGCAGCCCCGCACCCAGAGCCCAUGGACGAGGACUUCAAAAGCAGGCCUUCGUGCGCCUACCAGCAAGCCGGCGGCAGCAGCAAGAGGAGCACGGUGUCGGAAGAACCAGCCGCCAUGUCUCUGUGGGCAAAGGCGCAGCAUCUGGGCGAAGAGGCGCUGCAGCAGGUGCGCGCUGCCUAUGGUGACCACUUCCCCAUCGAAGUGCGCCACUUCCUCGCUGGAUGGCUGGAAGAAAAAAUGUGGCCGGGCUUUGAUCCAGAGAACCCCAGCUAUGAGCACUUCGCCGCUGAGCUCGUGCAGACCAUGAUCAUCGAGCUGGAAAACAAGGCGAGCGCUAUGGCCAACACGGAUGAGCUCUUCCUCGUCAAGAUGAAACUCAACGAUGCCAUCAACAUGUUCAAGACCCGGUAUGCCAACAACAACCUCGCGUUGGUGCGCAUAAUUAAGCACUGCCUAUCAUCAGAUUUGAAAAUAGUCCAACAGUACGAAUCCACAUGGAAUUCUGCGGGCACCUCAGCUGGUGACUCUAAUCCUUCGUCGAUGCCACAGGCGAGUGCUUCGCGCAUGAUGGAGCACCAACAGCAACACAUCCAACCACAACAACAGCCACAGAUGAUGCAUAAUUUGGGCAGCGCCCUUGAGGCCACCAAUGCUGAGAUCACUACGCAAAUCGAGUACCUGCGCUCGCGGACGCAGAAGACCGCUGAAGAUUGCCGGCACAUCGAGCAGCAGCAGGAAUCGUUCGCAAUAAAGUACCACGAAUGCACGAAAGUAAACGCACAACUGCAGCACCUUGCAACCCAGCCGCGCACGCCGACUACUGCGGCCGCGGUGGCAAAAUGGACGGAGCAGAAGGAGAUGCUGGAAGCCAUGUUGAGCCAGUUUGUGGCCAGCGUGCUGCAAAUGCGCAUUCAGCUGAUUGACAAGCUCAAGGAGACGACUAGCCUGCUAAACGCGCUGCAGACGCGUGUGCUGGAUGAAGAGCUGAUACAGUGGAAGCGGGAGCAGCAGUUGGCCGGCAACGGCGCAUCGCAUGUGCAAACCAACCUUGACAGCAUCCAGGACUGGUGCGACGCCCUGGCUGAGCUUGUCUGGGCCAACCGCCAACAAGUAAAGGAGGCCCAGCGGCUCAUGUCAAAACUGAACCUCGAGCCAUCUGGCUUGUCCGACCUACUGACACCCCUAUUGAGCCAGGUCACACAAAUGCUCUCUUCGCUGGUCACCAGCACGUUUAUCAUCGAAAAGCAGCCGCCACAAGUGAUGAAAACGAACACUCGUUUCUCCUCAACGGUUAGACUGUUGGUUGGCGGCAAGUUGAACGUGCACAUGAACCCGCCGCAGGUGAAGGUGUCCAUUAUCUCGGAGAGCCAGGCCAACUCGCUGCUCAAAAAUGACAAGAAUGUAAAAGGAGACUCAAGCGGCGAAAUCCUUAACAGCACCGGCUCCAUGGAGUACCACCAGGCUACUCGUCAGCUCUCUGUCAGCUUCCGCAACAUGCAGUUGAAAAAGAUCAAACGCGCUGAGAAGAAAGGCACCGAAUCGGUGAUGGAUGAGAAAUUCGCUCUGCUGUUCCAGUCGCAGUUUAACGUUGGAGGCGGCGAGCUCGUGUUCCAAGUGUGGACGCUCUCUCUGCCCGUGGUGGUGAUCGUGCACGGCAACCAGGAGCCACACGCCUGGGCCACAGUCACCUGGGACAACGCGUUCGCUGAGCCUGGUCGCCCCCCGUUUACUGUGCCUGAGAAGGUGCCGUGGCAUGCGGUCGCAGAGGCGCUCAACAUGAAGUUCAAGUCCUCCACAGGCAGGGCCCUCACCGAUGACAACCUCCGCUUCUUGGGCGAGAAGGCCUUUAGAGCGGGCAACUCAAAUAUCCAGGACUACAGCUCUAUGCUGCUCACGUGGGCCCAGUUCUGUAAGGAGCCGCUGCAGGAGAGGAACUUCACCUUCUGGGAGUGGUUCUACUCGGUGAUGAAAGUCACCCGGGAACAUCUGCGUAGUCCCUGGACCGAUGGAUCAAUCCUCGGCUUCGUGCGCAAGAAGCAGGCAGAGGAAAUGAUCUCAAGCUGCCCGCUGGGAACCUUUUUGCUGCGCUUCUCUGACUCCGAGCUGGGCGGCGUGGUCAUCGCCUGGUAUGGCAACCAGGGCAACGGUCCAGCCGUCAGUAUGUUGCAUCCGUUCACCAGCAAGGACUUUGCCAUCCGAAGCCUGGGCGACCGGCUUUCUGACCUGCAGUAUCUUACGACGCUGUACCCCGACACACCAAAGGACACUGCAUUCAGCAAAUACUACAACCCCUUCAGAGACAACCAGCCUCCCCAGAAGAACGGUUACGUGAUGCCUGUGCUUGUGACCCACGUGCCAGGCAUGCCUCGUUUUUCCAGAUGGGAUAGGUUGCCGAACAGCAUGCCCAGCUACCCAUCGACGCCGCAGAACAUGUUCCAGCCCCAGUCGCCGGAGGGCAGUGUGAGAGACACUCCAUCCGUGGUCAGCGGCGUUGAGACUACGGCCAGCUACUUGAGCGCCGAGUACGAGUACGAUUACAUGGGCCAAGACCUCUCCGCCAUGGACGAGAACGCGCCCAUUGACCUCAACAGCUUCAAUUUCUCUGACUUCAUGCCGCAAAACUACAAGCAAGAGUAAAGGCAACCAGGCCACCACCCGCCCCCGUCCGAAGAAGCGGCCGGGACCGUGUCCUUUGCCGGUUUUUUUCCUACAGGUGUGUUGUGCAAAAUCAAAAAUCGUGCCGCUUUACUCCGUCGUCCUGCCAUCUUGUAAAUAAUUAUUUAAUUUCAUCCCCAAGUUGUACCCGUUUCGCUUCCAAGGCCUGAUUCUCUGUUCGGCGCCACCCCUGGUCCGAAGGGGUGCGAGAAUGUACCACUAGAUUUAAGUUGAUCUCCGAAUUCGGCGUAAAUGACACCUUAAGGCGAACGGCACAAAGUUCCUGCGCUGUAUUUUGCUUCACACUUACAGCUCAUAAUUUUUUUGAUUAUGUUUUUUAGCCAGUAGUGUCCUCUUUAUCGUAUAAUUAUAAUUCUUUGACAUUUUCUUUUGCUCAGGGUUUGCAUUGCAUUUCGCUUUCCUUGAUUACGAGAAUUUUCUGAUUACCAUGACAUCAACUGACAAAGAAACCCCGCGGUUUGACCGCCCCUAACAUUUUUGUUUUGCAUCAAACGUUUACACUUUUAACGAUGUAAACAUGAAACACCAGACAAAAUAUUUUAUGUAGCAUUGAUCUCAAGUUUCAGAAUGGAUUUUUUUUUGAAAAAUUUAAAAAUUGAUUAAAAAUAAUCAAAUUUUUGUUUAAUCACGACGAAUUUUGGUAUAAUUAUAGAUUCUUUCUGACGAAAAAAUCCAUUAGUGGGUCAUUCUUUUAAUUUCUGAAAGAACAUGAUUUUUUACGUUGAGGUCACUUUGGGCCAAUAGAACGUUACAUAAAAUUUAUUAAUUACGAUAAGAACAUUGCUUCUUUAAGCUGAUUAAAGUUGCUAUAUUUUUCACAUUCAAAUUUUUUCAACAUGAAAUAUGUUUUGGACUGUACAACUUUAAUGAAAUAAUAAUUUGAUUAAAAUUAAUUUUUUUAAAUUUUUUUCAUAUGGUGAAAUAUUCCUUAAUGCUGAAAAAAUCAUAACACUAUUCAAUAUGUUUGUAAGGCACCAGCUUUUUACUGAGCAAACAUAAAAAUUUUGUUAAAAAUGGAUAAAUAGUCAAAAUUAUGUUACAUAUCGAUCGGAUUCGUCUUGUCAUGGUAAAUCUGCAUACUGCAACCCAUACCGAGGUUGCCUUUGGUAAUUCCUCUAAUUUCAUGAAUGUCUUCUCCUUGUCUGAUGCAAAAUAAGAUAAAAUUUUGGUCGGUAUGGGGGUUCCUUUCCUUGUGAAAAUAAAUUCUUUUUAAUAGAAGAAACCCGCUACGAAAGUGCUUUGCAACAAACCAAAUUUUGUUAAGAAUUGCUUUCUAGACAGUUUUCCUCCAAAACAGAGUGUGCAAACCCUGAUUUUUAAUUUAAGAUUUGUAUUAGAAGCCAUAUUAAAAUAAGUUUAGAUUAGCAGCCGUAGGUUUAAGCGGAGUGAGUGAGAGGAUGGGAAUUCGGCACGAUGUCUCUUCCACGCACCUCAAAAAUGGGGUUUGUUUUCUACUGUAAUAGCCGAGGAUUAACUCUACAAGUACAAAUGCGAACUGCAAAACGCACGUCGGAUUCAAAUUUAGCACAAACACGCUGGAUGUUUCAGAAAGCAUAGUAGUAUAAAUAUAAUGCCAAAAUUAGAUGUGCACAAGGAUACAGCACCAAUUAUCGUUUCGUCGCCGCCCCUGUUUUUGCAGUUUCUAGAUUAUUUUAUUAGUUUAGUAUAGCAAUCAUAAUCAAACUACACCCUUGAGUUAGAGACUAAAAGUACAUAACAGUGCAGAUGGGGCUGGGUUUGCUAAAAACCAGGCGUUUCUUGACGGAAAAUUAUAUAUUUCUUGUGCUCCUGAAAGCCUUAUCUCAGAAAAAUCAAUUAAUGAUUAAUAAGAUUACUCUGGAAUUAAGCUCAAAGUUUUGCCUUGGACUUUCACUUUUUAAGAAACGCAGGAAAAUUGAAAUUGGCAAACCCUGCCCAAGAGCGAUUAACCACCAAGCAAGUAUACUGUAUACUACGUAGUUAAGCUGUACCUCGGAGUUGACAAGAACAAUAUAUAAAAAUGUAUAGCGACACAAAAGUAUAGAGAAAGUAAAAAUAAUUAUUAUUAUUGUUACUACGCAGAGCACGUUGAAAUUAUUAAAAGUAGAAAGGAAUGUACUGAGACAUAGACCAGCUUUUCCGUGGCCAUCCAUGAUUGAAGAAGCGCUUUUUCGUGCCAUUCACGCGCAAAAAGGGGCUUUCUUGAUAACCAAUGCACUCUAAAAUAUUUUAUGAGACAACUUUUACCACUGUUGAUCGCGCUGGAAUAUAUUAAAUAAUGUAUUUAUGAGAAACCGACCGACCGACCGGAAAAGAAUUAAUAUUUACAAACGAUGACGAAUAUUUAUUCGCAACUUGCUCAACGAUUAGACUUUUCCUUUCAGAUCAAACUGUGGAUUCGCACGAGAAUUGAUGUAUUUAUUAAUCUGGCGUCGUAAAUUAUUUUUGUUAGCUACGCUUCUGUGUGACAUCGAAUCUUGAUUGCUCCCCUUGGGAUAUUGUGAUACGCGUUCCCUCUCCAUGUUCGCGUCCUCCCCAUCUCUCCUAGUAGUUGGUAAUUAAAUUCCUUCGCUCUGUACACAAACAAAAUCGUCCGGCAGACAAAAAUUCAAAUUUGACAAUCACCCGGCACGUAUACGAAUGCAAUUGCUUUCUAAAUUUUACGUUUUGGCUCAUCCUGCAUGUACAUAAACAGAAAUAAUACUGCUGCCUUAAUUGUUUCUAUGCUCUUCUCACCACGGACGACUUCAGUCUUUCUUGUUUCUUGUUGAAUCGUAAUGUAUUAACGUUGAAAAUUGUUGCACAGAACCAGUCGUUAUGUUUGCUAGCGUACAUAACAGAGAUUAUAUAAUAUGAAAUCAUGUGGCAAAGUGCAAUCAAGCAAGAGAACUCGAAAGUUAGUAUAAUUUAGCCCUCUUCAAGUACGCACACACGUAUUAACAUGUAUGAAAUCAAACAGGCGUAAUAAUAUUGUGUAGACGAUGCAUGAGGAAUAAAUAAAAACGAUCAAAAUCA